AUGGGAGAGAUCAGUCUCGGACGGAGAAUCUACUCCUUGACACCUCUGCAGUUAAAGAUGGACGCACAGGAGAGCAGGCUAAAAGUAAACAGUUGGAUGAAACUCAACCUCUCCCUCUCCUCUUUAAACAGGGCAUGACUGCAAGAAGUCCUAACAACUACGCAAAUAACAACCCUCCUACUAAUGAAACCAUCGGCAAAGCUGACCUUGCAUCAGUGGAAAUGACAAAGAGCAGUGUCGUUCAAGGUGUCAAAGAUGUACGUUUUCAAGAUUGCCAAGUGGAGAAUUUACACAUAGACAGUAUUGCAAUCCAUGUUGUAUCAGGAACAAGUGAGAUUGAUAGCCAAAAAACGAUUGAAAGUCAUUCAGUUACCAAACAUGUUUCUUCAGGAGCAGAGUAACCCACUGGUGACAAUAAUGUUGACAUCGAUAGUAUAGCCAUCCGUGUUGUGUCAGGGGUAAGUGAGAACAACAACGUAGAAACAACAGCAAAAGAGAGAGAGAAUAACCCAGCACUUCCAACAAGAGAAAAAGUGUAUUCUAAACCAGAGGUGAAACCAAGAGAGAAGAUACUACCUUCUGUCCCUACUGACAUCACAGACUACACGAGACUAAGGCUGAUCUUGCUGUUCAGUCUUAAAGAAGAUUCCCCUCCUAACACGGACAGUCCAAGCAGAAAGAAUGGAUAUUUUCCCAUGAUGCAGUAGACGUCCUGUCUUUACGACUGAACAGCAAGACCACCCAGUGACAGUGAUGUCCGAGAAAGAUGCAGUAGCUGUGAAAGAACCAGAGGUUCCUGCCAAACUAAACAUGGAGGCUAAGAUAGGAGUGUUAUCUUCCAUGGAGCAGGAACAGAGAAAGACAGGGAUGAUCAGACUGAGGGAAAAAGACAAACUGGUAAUCUCAUUCAACAAGGCCAAAACAACUGAGGGAUUCACAGAGACAACAGAUAUACACAUUCUCAAACACGACACUGUGCCACAACCAGAACAUGCAACCACUUCAAGGGUACCAACCUGGGUACCAAUCUGGGGAUGAUAGGUGCCAAAGGCUCUAUCAAUCCCAGAAUCCUCCUCUGCUAGCUUGCUCCAUACCCUCACAGGUCGACGGUAAGACUAGAAACCCCUUGUUCUCUCACCAACCGACCCAACCCAUCCAUGUCGACAUGCCUGUUCUCCCCUUCAGUAGAGGCAAUUCAAUAUAUGAAGAAAACACAUGCAACACAGGCCUCUCUGGGAGAGAUAUAUAGCAUGGAGAAGAGAGAGGAGGAUAGGAGAGAGAGACAGAGAAAGGAGGAGAGGAAAGAGGAGGAGAGGAAGACAAGACAGAGAGGAGGAGAGGAAAGAGGAGAGGAAGGCUAAACAGAGAGAGGAGGAGAGGAGAGCGAGAAAGAAAGAGGAGGAGAGGAAAGAAGAGGAGAGGAGAGAGCAACAGCAACAGAGGGAGGUGGAGAAGAAGGAGGAGGAGAAGAAGGCGAGACAGAUAGAUGAGGAGAUGGCGAUGGCGACAAAGACAACAUCUUCAGAGGCUCCUCUCUCACCAAGUCAGUCAAACCAUGCUUUCACAAGAGCUUCGGAGAAGAGUUCAGGGUGAGCAGAUCAGAGAGGGGAGACAAGGAGCACGAGAGGACAGGAGAGAGCGCCGGGACUCCUGUAUAUCAAGACUCUGCCGUCUCGUCACACUGACUCCCCCCAUCCGAGAGACUCAGCCUUCAAAUGAGGUCAACGCCCCGUCAAAGAUCACCUACACCCACCCCUACUCCCGGCCCUACUCAAGGAGGAGUGUGUGUGGGGGGGGGGGCUAUGACAGGCCAGACUCACCCCUGGCCUCCCCUAUCACCUCCCCCCUGAAUGUCCCUCAGUACCAUGUAGACCCCAACUACCCUUCCCCCUCCUCCCUCAGCCUCCCCCAGCCCUUCACCCAGAGUUUAACCCAGAAGAAGGUCCUACAGGACACGGGGUCUGGUCAGUACUUUGUGGUGAAGCUCAAGACCUUCUUUGAACCGGAGACAAGAAAGUACAUCCAGCUGAAUGUCCAUCAGCCAGGCCAGGUAGGCUCUCUUUCUCAGGCCCAGCCACAGAGUUAUCCUCAGUCCCUUCCCGAAGCCUCAUACACCCAGCCCCAACCCCAAAUGUAUCCCCCAUACACCCAGCCCCAAGCUCCUCCGGCCAGCCAGCCCUAUGUGCUCUACCAGGGGUAUCCCCGGAGCUACCAUCCCAUGCCCGUCUCCUCCCUGCCAACUCACAGGUCUCUCUCUGGGAUGUCUGCCUCGGAGGCUCCCACCCAGGAUCCACAGCCCACAGAGAAAAGUCAGGGUUGGGCAGGGGAGGGGAGUGUACGACACACACACUGCGUACGACACACAUAGCCAGAUAGACGAGGGCGCAGUGUACGGUGAUGAUACUAACUCCACCCCCCACUGA